UAGAGAGAGAGAGAGAGAGAGAGAGAGAGAGAGAGAGAGUAAUUCUCUUCUCUUUAAACUAUUCUGUUCUGCAGCAAUCUCUCUGUUUGAGAGAGAGAGAGAGAGAGAGAGAGAGAGAGAGAGAGAUGAGUAGUAGUGUAUUAAUACGAUUGGUAAUUAUAGUAAUUAGUAUUAAUAUUCUAUUAACAAAUGCGGAGAAAAGGUGUGAUCUGUUCCAAGGAAGGUGGGUGUUGAGCGGCGGAGGAGGCUCCGACUAUUCAUCGUGUCCGUUCAUUCAGAAGGAGUUCAAUUGCAUCAACAAUGGCCGCUCCGAUCACUUGUACCUUAAGUACAGCUGGCAACCCCAUUCCUGCAACUUAUCCAGAUUUGAUGGGGUAGAGUUGUUGAGGAAAUACAAAGGGAAAAGCAUAAUGUUUGUGGGAGACUCCCUCAGCCGAAACCAAUGGCUCUCACUCAUAUGUAUGCUUUACACCGCCGUGCCCGAGACCAAGUACACCGCCACCACAUCCGCCGACCUCUCUACCUUCACUUUUACGGAGUUUGGAGUGAAAGUGAUGCUGGAUCAUAGUGUAUAUCUGGUGGAUGUGGUGAGAGAAGCUAAAGGUAGAAUAUUGAAAUUGGAUUCAAUUCAAGGUGGGAAAAGGUGGUUGGGAAUGGACAUGCUCAUCUUCAACACGUGGCAUUGGUGGAAUCGUCGAGGCCCAACCCAACCAUGGGAUUAUAUUGAAGUAGGGGGAGAGCUAUACAAAGACAUGGAUAGGGUUGUUGCUUUCGAGAAAGCAUUAAACACAUGGGCUAAUUGGGUUGACACGAACAUUGAUCCUACCAUCACCAAAGUUUUCUUUCAAGGAAUUUCUCCUUCUCAUUACAAUGGGAGUGCAUGGAACGAGCCGGGAGCGAAAUCGUGUGUGGGGCAGAAAGAGCCGGUGGUGGGAUCGACGUAUCCAGGUGGAUUGCCGGCAGCACUAACGGUACUGAAGAAAGUACUUACGAGCAAAAUAAAGAAAGUACGAGUAGAAUUACUCGACGUAACAAAUCUAUCAUUGCUAAGGAAAGACGGACACCCUUCCAUUUACGGACUCGGAGCAAUGGAUUGCAGCCAUUGGUGCCUGCCAGGUGUACCUGAUACUUGGAAUCUUAUUCUUUACAACCUCAUCAUUCUUUAAUUAAUUAUUUAAAUAUA